CCUCUCGGUGGAGGGACGAUUACGGACCUGCGUUGUACUCUAACCUUCGAGCACGAUGAUCCCGGCCCAGAUACUCCGGCUGAUUCACACGGAGCGCCUGGUCUGGCAGGCCACCAACAGCUCCCUGCUGGCCAAGCUGCGGAAGAAGACCGGCUACACCUUCACCAACUGCAAGAAGGCCCUGGAGCUGCACGAGAACGACGUGGACAAGGCUGAGAAGUGGCUGAGAGAACAGGCGCAGCAGUACGGCUGGACCCAGGCGGCCAAGCUCAUAGGCCGCAGCACCAGCCAGGGCCUGAUCACGGUGAUGGUGGACGGGCCUCACGCGGCGCUUGCCGAGAUCAACUGCGAGACCGACUUCGUGGCGCGGAACAAGAAGUUUCACAGCCUCGCGGAGACGGUGGUCUCCGCCGUGCUGAGCCAAGCGAGGUCUCAGGAGACUCAGAGCGAGGCGCAGCGCACUCUCUUUCACGCGGGCAGUCUUAAAGACCUGAUCGCAGCGGACGGCACGCCCCUGAGCGAUCAUUCCGCCAUGACUAUCGGCAACGUAGGCGAGAACAUCAGUCUGAGACGCGCUCUCGCCAUCAGCGUACAGUCGCCGGACAACGUGACGCUGUUCGGUUGCACGCAUCCGGCGCCGAUGAAUCCCAUACCCGUGUCCUUCGGCAAAUACGGCGCCCUUGUGGCCAUCAAGUGCAAGGAAACCGACGGUAUGCUGGGUACCCAGCUCUGCCAACAUAUCAUCGGCAUGGACCCGCAGAAGAUCGGGAACCCGCGGGUAGACGAGCCGCACAACAACGUGGACGAGGAGCCGUGCAUGAUCUACCAGGAAUUCCUGCUCGAUCCUAGUCUCUCUGUGCAGCAGCUGCUGGCGGAGGCGCGUGCCGAGAUCGUCGACUUCGCGCGUUUCGAGAUCGGCGAGGAGCUCGACGAGGAGUCGGCGCUGAAGAGCGCCAAGACUUGCGGCUGACGUUGGAUCGCGACCUCCGUAGACGCUCGUUUUUUUAAUUACCGUUAAUAUUAUUUUCACGAUAAUACGAUUUAUUUACACGAUAGCCAUUACUUUUGUUAUGACAUCAAAGGAGCAGAGAGAGAGUAUUUAAAAAGGAACGUUUGAAGGAAACGGAUUAAUGUCUCUCAGUCUUACUGCUGUGUACAGUGUAUUGUGUUACUGUAAUAAAGUGAUAAUCUAGCGUGAAAUUUA